UUUUUUUUUAUAUAUAUAUAUUAAUGGGUGAUGUUAGUAUCUAAAGUGUGGGGGGCAUUCUAUACGUUGCAGUGGAAAAGCACCUGUCACUGAUUUUAUACAAAGUGCAUGAGAAAGAAAUAGAUUAUCCCAAUGCAGAUGAUUGGCGUAAAAUACGAGAUGCGAUUGCAUUUUACCUUGUAUAGGCUUGAAACAGCCAGAAAGAUGACGUUUUUCAUGGUCAGUAUUUAUUUUUCUUUUCUCUCCUAUUCAAAAAAAAAAAGCGUUUCUUGUAUCACAAAAUGUUUGUUUUAUCAAAAUGAUGUCAGUAUACAGUAAAAAAAAUUGCUACUAUCUUGGACGGAUCUAAACUGUUUUCAUACACUGAUUAGAAUCAUAUAAAUAAAUAAAUAAAAAAGAAAAAGAGAAACCCUUUUUUUUUUUGUUUGUUCUUGAACUUCUUUACAUAUUCCCCCCAUACAAUGUUUCUAUUACCUAAAUUACUGUAUAUAUGUCUUUAUGGUGUGUUAGGAUCCGCCAUACCUUACCUAUCCUUGUUUUAUAGUGAUAGUCUUCACUUGACAGGCCAGCAGAUUGGUGCUAUUUUAGCUAUUGCACCUUUUAUUCAAAGUCUGGCAUGUCCAUUCUGGACGAUCCAAGUGGAUAAAAAACCUCAAUUUCAUGGUCCUCUCAUGGCCAUUCUCAUGCUCAUUGGAGGCCUUAGUGUCAUUGCACUCAUGUUUAUACCCGUCAUCUUGCCUCAGGAUACCACUUCUGCUACACUUAUUAUCACAGCCGUGUUGGCCAUUUCAUUUGCUUUUUUCGGUCAGCCUGUGUGUGUCUUGGUCGACAGUGCUGUAUUAAAAAUCCUAGGAGAUUACAAAAUUUAUUAUGGUGACCAACGAUUAUGGGGAUCCAUUUCCAACGGCAUCUGUAUCUUGUUAGUGGGAUACUUUAUCGGGUUAUACGGUAUCGACUGUGCUUUUUACAUAUUUGGAAUUAGUGUAAUCGGGUUUAUCACAAUUGCCAUGGGAACCAAAGUGCCGCACGCAGGCUUAGGAGGCAGUUUAGCAUCAGGACAAGACGAAUUGGACCCGCUGUAUAUUACACCAACUAAAGGGUAUUAUACAUAUUCUCCCAACAACGAGAAUGAGAAUAUCAGACGUAUGGAUAGUAGCACAAGUAGCCAUGCCAAUACCUUGCUGAUUGAUAGCGAACAAAGUCUGCUAAACUUACAAAGAACAGUGACUUCUAUGGCCGCUCGGGAUGUACAUGACGAAGCCAGUUUAAUAUUGGAUCAGAUGGAUAGUUUACCACCUCUUGGUCUUGCCUUAUCUCAUAUUCCAACCUUGGAUACUUCUUUAGCAGCAUUUGCAUCUAUUGGGUGCCACGAUGAUGAUACAGAUUCAUCUCAGGAAAGCCUAAAGGAGACAAUCUUUAGUUCUCCCAAAGUUUGGUCAUUCUUACUCAUGACCUUAUUUUUUGGAAUAUUUUAUUCGAUGGUCGCACAAUUCUUAUUUCUAUUUUUAAAGCAAGAUUUGGAUUUGGAAGCAUCAGUCAUUGGUUGGACAGGACCUAUUGGAGGGCUCACUGAAGUAUCUACCUUUUAUGUCUCUAGGCUGUUGCUGAAAAAUUAUAGCGUACAAAGCUUAGUAACGGUAGCUCAUGUAGCUAUUAUUCUUAGAAAUAUGGCAUACAAGACAUUAGUGCCAGGCGCAACAACUACGAUGGCAUAUGCCUUGAUGCUUCAAUUGGUAAACGGAUUUUCGUAUGCCAUGAUCUGGUCUACUUGUGUAUCCGAAGUUGAUCGCAUGUUCCCAGUGCACCAACGUGCCAUUGCACAAGGUAUUCUUGCAUCCUUGUUUUCUGGCUUAGGUUUUGGUAUCGGAUGUAUCGUUGGCGGUUAUGCCUACGAUCAUUACGGUAUUGACAUGUUAUUGAAUGUCUCUAUGGCUGUUGCAGGUUUUAGUUUGCUCAUGUUUUGGAUCGGCAGAUGCUUCUAAAAAAAAUACCCCGAUCGCUUAGUUAUAAUAAACUUUUUUCUAGAUUGUUUGUACAACCUUUUAUAUGGAAGUAG